UCGGCGAGGUAAAAAGCUUCUGGUCCAUUCAGUGGGAGAGGGAAUCCCUCAACGUCACCAAGGAUACCAAACACAACAUAUAGUCAAAUAUGGGCAUGUACGUCAGCGGAACUCCGAGGCGGGACUUCGUAGCUAGAAAAUGCCUAGCUGGUACUCGCAGCGGAUGGCUUCAUUCAUGAGUACAACAUCUACUACUCUGCACCGUGAAAAACCGGCCGGCGUCCGCCACGGGCUUUCCGUUAAAGGACCGUACAUGGAUUUAUAACUUCGCGGAGUGUUUUUUUUUUUUUUUUUUUUUUUCGAACAGCGGAUAAAUUAGAGAACACGCGGGAUUUUACAAGCGAACCAUAUCAAAAGCAGAUUGAGUUAAGCUGGAGCGAGUUUUCCCUAAUCGCGAGGAGUUGGAUUAAGUUUCUUCAUGCAACUUUUUUGGAAAGAAACCAAGACCAUCUCACUGGGAAACAACAAGAAACUUAACGGUGACACCGUGCGCUCCCUGGUUACCGCAGGUGCCACCUUCUCCUUCAGUCCCUCCGGGGAGAUGUACCAAGGGUUUCCCGGCGACCCCGACAGCGGAUCCCGUGGAAGCUCGUCUCCGUCCAUAGAGUCCCAGUACCUAUCCUCCGUGGACUCCUUCGGGAGCCCGCCCACCACCAGUGCUCCGCAGGAGUGUGUUUCAGCGGGUGCUGGCUUGAGCAUUGUGGGCAGCGGGCCAGGAAGCGGUGUCGGAGGUGAGAUGCCAGGUUCAUUCGUGCCCACCGUCACCGCCAUAACUACCAGUCAGGACCUGCAGUGGAUGGUGCAACCAACCCUCAUCUCCUCCCAGGCCUCCGGGCAGAGUAGCUCCACUGGCACCUCGACCAUGACCCAGCCAGUGUCGCUGGUGGACCCGUACGAUAUGCCGGGCCCCAGCUACUCCUCGGGGUCCUGUUUCACCCCUCCCAGUUCAGAAACUCCAGUGCCGGCGCCGGGUCCCAUCCGGCAGUCCAGACCCCGCAGCCGCCGUGCACGAGACGAGUCUGUGAGUGAAGAUGGAGAUGUUGGUGUGUUACUAACACCUGAGGAGGAGGAGAAGAGGCGCGUUCGCCGAGAGAGAAACAAGCUGGCUGCUGCCAAGUGCAGAAACCGCAGAAGGGAAUUGACAGACAGGCUGCAAUCGGAAACUGACGUACUCGAGGAGGAGAAGGCAGAGCUGGAGGCCGAGAUCUCCGAGCUGCAGAAGGAGAAAGAGCGUCUGGAGUUUGUACUGGUGGCCCACCAGCCAAACUGCAAGAUCCCGUACCAGGAGCAGGCUCAGCAGGCCUCAGUGCAGUCCCAGCUCGCUCCUCAGAGCCUGCCGCCUCCCGUCUCCAUUGUGGGCUUGACUGUGAAGGAGGACUCUUUCUAUCUCCCUCCUGCCUACUCUGCUCACCCGGCCCCCACACAGCCCCAGCCUCCGUUGCAGCAGCAGCAAGUCCAGCAGCAGCAGCAGGCUCAAGCAGGGAUGAUGCAGGAGGUAGAGUUUUCUAGUUCUUUCUACGGCUCAGCUGAGCCAGCACCUGGUGGGCCAUGCCUUAUGGCCAGUGACAGUGGUGGUGGUGUUAACCAUGACGAUGCCGCCAUUGGCAGUUACAACACCUCAUACACAUCUUCAUUUGUGUUCACCUACCCAGAGGGAGCCUGCGGGGUCAGUGCCAACCAGCGGAACAGCAGUAGCGAGCAGUCAUCCGAUUCCCUGAACUCGCCUUCGCUGCUGGCGCUCUGACUGACCGACAGACACAUGCAUGCACAGAUUACCACUCACACGCCCAAUGCUCACUGGACGCAGAGGCUGACACACGUACGCGCACAGUGCCAAUCAGUCUCCCAGAUUGAGGAAAAACAAAGUGCCAAUCAUUCGAACCUGAUUGGGUGACAGUUUACACGUCCGGAAAUAUAUUUCUAUCAAGAGCCAUAGAAAGAAAAGGAAUAAAUAAAUAAAUUGCACAUCAGAUCGAACCUUUAACAUUUGAGCUACAGCAAAGAAUACAUUCCUGUUUUGUAUUUAGUCGAAUAGUUUUAACAGGGCACGAUUAAUACGUUUCUAAAAAAAAAUAAAAAGUGCAUUACGAAAAACCUGCAGAGCCUUGGAAGACUCUUCAGACCUCUUUAACUUUUCCACAUUUUGUCACAUUAAACCACAAACUUCAAAGCGUUUCACUGGAACUUUAUGUGACGGUCCGGCAGAGAGUAGGCGAUACUUUCUAAAUGAAAGGAAACGGAUUUCUCACAGAUAUAGUGCAUUUAUAAGACAAUCCUUUGGUGGUGUUGGUGUCAUUUGGUUUACGUCUCUGACAGCUUUGUGCCUCUAGAGACUGUAAUUGUCAUCCAUUCUUCCUUUCAAAGUAGCUCAAACUCAGACAUGUUGGCUGGAGAUCAUCAGUGAACACCAAUUCUCAGCACCUGUCAUGGAUUUUGAACUGGAUUUGGGUCUAAACUUUGACAGAUCCGUCGUAACGCAGACGCAUCGGUUGAUCUAAACUCUUCCGUUAAAGCUCUGCUUGUAAGUUUGAAGUUAUUGAGCUGCAGGAAGGCAAACUUCCACCUCAGACUUAAAGUCUAUCUCCAGCGUUUAUCCUCCAACGUUGUUCUGCGUUUCUCUCCGUCCAUCUGCCAGCCAACUCCGACCGCACGCUUGCUUGUGCCCCUACGCGCAGCUUGUUGAAAAUUGUGACGGGUUCUCCUUAUGACUCCCUUUCAACAAAUUGUCAAUCUUGGAAUUUUUCUGUAAGAGCAAUGACUUGCGGGACGCACCACCGGUUGAUGUUUAGUAAACAGAUUCUCCCACCUGAGUUGUGGAUCUCUAAAGCUCCCCCAGAGAUACCACGGGCCUCUUGGCUGCUUUUGGAUACAAAGUGACAAAGUGUGGAAAAUUCAAGGCGCAUGAAAGCCUUUUGCAAGGGACUGCUCGUUACCAGUCUAAAGUGCUCUGAUUUAAAAAACUGAUUCACAAUGAAUUUUUCUUAUUAAUAUACUCUCAUUGAGUAAAAUAGAUGUUAUUGCUGCACCCCAACACGCACCAGCGCCCCCACCUUGUUCCCUCUGUCGGUUGCCCUUCUGCUAGCGCUCUUGCUUUCAUUCUUGUCCAUUAUCUUUUCUUUUUUUUUUUUUCCCCUCCUCGUCCUCGCUGUCGUUGAAUGUAUUUUUUGUGCAGAUCUGAAAUAAGGGACAGAGGAUAAUUUGUUCAGGGUCUUUUCUUGUGGAAGACAGACACCGCUCGCUCACCCGUAACCCUCCAUCUGCUCGGCUGCUCUAUAUGCUUCUUCAUUUGCUGCUUGGACUUGGCAAGUUGAGGAUCUGAGUAUCACAGCCUCCUCUAAAUCUUGUGCUUUCUGCUUUAAAAAAAAAAAAAAUCAAUCUUCCACCGUCUGCCUACCUGCCAUGCGACCCAUCUCUCCCCAUCUCUGUUUUUUUUUCUCCUCUUCUGUCUCUUUUAUUUCUCCCUCUCUCUUUGAAGUCCUCGACCACUGAGAGCCCGGAGAACCCCUCCAGCCCCUGGGACCUUGAGUGAAAAACCCGGCGCAACUAACACUUCCCACUUUAGCACCCCUGUCAUUCAAGGAUCUGGACGUCCAAACAAGAAGAGCCUCUCCUUUUUGGAGCUCACCGCUCAGAUUCCUCUUUACGAUUUGAAACAGCAGCUACACGUUACACUUAACACGCACACGGAUGCAUAAAGCGUGACACGAAAUGCCACUGUCUUCUGCUGAGCCAUUUUUUUCAUAUUGUUCGCACAGUGAAGAUUAGAUACAUCUGCUGUGCUGGAGAGUCAAAAGCGAAUAGGAACUGAGUGGAGGCAUGGAGGACAGACGCCUGCGGAGAAUAUCCUGUCAUCCGUUUUGGGUGUAGAUAUGAUAAAGUAAAAAAAAAAAAAAAAAAAAAAAAAAAAAAAGAAAGAGAGGGACCAAAAAAUGAGAGGAAAUCUCUUCUGUGGAGAUGUGACCUCAAAAAAAAAAAAAAAAAAUCUUCACAUUACAGAAACUCAACGCCCGGGGUCGAAGCGCUGAGUUUUCUCUCACCGGCGCUUUCAAGUCUCUGAAAUCUGAGGUUAUAGCUGCAGCAACUCAGAGUUUUAUCAGAUGUGAACCAAUGCAUUCAUACAGAGGAGGGACUUGUAUCUGUUUUAUUUUAUGUUGUUUUUUUUGGUUUUGUUUUUUUAAAAAAGUGUUUCAGACAACCUCUAAACGUUGGGCUCGGUGGUCUCUGCUUCCUGUCCCCUGUUCUCCCUGUGCAGAGCUGAGGAGGCGUUUAUUGUGAGUGGGUGGUCCACUCUGAGACACCUGGCCCGUUUAUUUCUUUCUUUAUUGAGGUUGAAACGACGAUCCGAGCACAAGGCAAGACCCGGAAAGAAAAAAACAACAACAAGAAAACAAAUGGAGAGAGAGAGAGAGAGAGAGAGAACACGGGGCUGAUGUUGUGGAGUGAGCGUCCUUUUUCUUUCGCCUGUGAAUUUGUAAAUUUUUUUCCCUCUGUAUUGUUUGAGUGAAAACUGUUAUAUAUUUCAGUGUUUGUUUAUGUGACUCAUUGUUCUUGCUUUCUCUUGUACUGUUGCCAUUUUUUUUUGUAUUAUUAUUUUCAAAUUUCCGUUUUGUUCAAUUUAUUCGGGAGAUUUAUUCAUAACUGUUACUAUUACUGUUUUGCGUUGUAGCCAGUUUUUUUUUUUAAAUUUUUUUUAAUUAUUAUUAUUAUUAUUUUAUUUUAUUUUAUUUUCAUUUGGCAACUUUGGAGGCAUAAAUAUGUGCACCACAAGAAAAGAAAAAAAAAUUGAAUUAAAUGUUUAUAUGCAUAUACAUUUAAACGGUAACAUGUAUAUGUAUACGUGUUAUGUACCAUGAUUGUAAUGUAUGAAUGUCUGCAGAUAUAAAUGGGAUAUUUUUGUCAAUGAAGAACAAGAUAAAAGUACAAAAAAAUACAUAUUUUUAUAAAGCAAGAAAAAAAAUUGAAUUUAAAAUACUGCCCUGUCCCUGAACAUGAAGCACGAUGUCACUGCCUUUGUCAAUGUGUAUUUAUGUUUUAUAAACAAUAUAAAAGCACUAUCCAAUUUACAUUUAUUGUAUGUUUAUAACAAUGAUGUUAGAAGAUUGUGGUUUUUGUUUGUGAGGUCUGUCCCAAAGCUACUGACCCCUUCACGCCUCCACUGAGUGAAUGUCAACAGAUGUGUUUGUGACUUGGUUCAUUUUUAAAAGGUCAAAGUUUCACACACACAAUGCAUAUCUACCCUGCACUGUCGCCUUGCAAAUUUGCGGAAAUGUUUGUUUGAAGGAUAAUAUUUAGUAAAAUGUGUUCUCAAAAAAAGCUUAAAAAUUUUAUUGUGUUUGCAAAAGAAAAAAGAGGCUUUAUUUUGAUCUAAUAAACUUGCUUAUUGGAAAAACAUCAGCAUGACUAAGGGUUUCUGCAAGGUCUUAAGAAGUCAUUAAAAAUUCAAAAUUUCAUAUGUACUGAUUAGGCAUUAAAGUUUUAAAUAUAUAUUUAAAGAAUUCCCAAUUUGAUCUCAAAUUAUAUUUGGUUAUGUCUUACAUUUGUACAUUUAUUCAGAUGUUGCUUGUGCCAUCUUCUUUUUAUUAUGUUAUUUCUUGAGAGAUGUGCUUGGAAACAUUUGUUUCGAUUAAUUUUUACUCUUGCUGAGAAACCGAGGUGUUGUCGCAUUGUUGGAAAACCAUAAAUCACAUAGUUCAUGGAAUGAAUAAACCUUGUCGAAAGAAAUGUACCAUUCAGACAUUCAGCUUCUCCUGCAAACCUGCAAAGAAAUAUUGCUUUAAAAGUGGACGAUUGUAAGUUUAGGAAAAGAAGCGGUUCUUUGUUAGGUGAGCCGCUAUCUGCUCCUUGUUCAUCAUGGAAAAAGGUACAUUUAAGUUGACUUGAAAACAGCAACUUUAAUAAGGCUAAAAUAUACUGUAAGCUACAGUCAUGAAGCUAGCUGUUUACUGUAAUAAGAUGUUGAAGUUAGGUGGGAAUAAAUGGCAAAGCCAACAAACUCAAAUUUAAUCUUAGAAAGUUAAAUUUGUCUUGCUUAAGCUAUGGAGUAAGUGGAAAAAAAUCUGAGUGAUUAAAGUAAGAAAAGUGUCUGAAUAAAAAAAAUGUUUUAUUUACUUUUGGAACAGCUUUGUUCUAAAACUCAUAAAUGUCACCAAAACUUGCAGAAACCCUGGACAAAUAAUAUGAAUGUUUGCUCCAUCUUGGCUCCCGGUGGUCAGAAAAGGGGCAGACCUCGUGUUUUUAUUAUUUUUAUUUUAUUUUAUUUUCUCUAAUCUUGAAAAAGGACUGUGUAAAAAUGCUGGAGAUGCCUUUUUUUAUUUCACUUUCCCAAAAGAUGCAAAUGUGAUGACAAAUUACGUACUGGUGUCAGAGUAAGCAUAAAACAUAUUCAAUAGUUCUCAUGUACAUAGGUUUUCGUGGUGCUACACAUACUACACGAGGCAGAUCAGAAAACGUGGCGGUGGAGUUUAGUGGUGGAAAGGCUGCACACUGCCAAUGCUGUGGCUCAAAGUGAGUGGAAAGUCCAGCUUGCCUGGUUUCCUCUGCAAACCAGAGGGAGGGAUUUUUUUUUUAUUAUAAUUUUUUUUAAAAGAGCAAAAAGUCUGAGAUCCAAGAGGUUAAUUCCCACUGCCUGCUUCUUUGGUGUGACAAAUUGAUCUCUGAACAUCCCUCCCUCACUCUGUCAGCACAUGAUUUCAUCUGUUUGAGUUUGCUUUAAAUGCCUGUACGUUUACAGUCGAGAGAGAAAAGAAAAGAAAGAAAGAGCUCUUUGCCAACUGAUUGGAAAUGGAGACUUUAGAGAAGGAAAACAGAGGUAUAGGCAGCUUAAUAAAUCCGAGACAGACAGCCUGCCUGCGACUACAUGUACUGUAAUGCUGCAACAGCAUUAACCGAAUAAGAGCUUUCCUAUUUUUCUAUGAUGAGGUGAAUGUUGCUACGUGUUUCUAUUUUUCCAGAGUUGUCCUUUCGCCGCUCACAUUAUCCCUGUUAUGAAAUGCAAUACUUACAGUCUGAACUUAAUGUAGCAUAUCCUGCAGUAAUUAGACACACUGCUACUCUGUGUCAAGUGUGAUGAUGUAUUGCUAUACCUAUCCACUUUUGUUACAGUAUUAAAUAUGAAUACGUAAAUAAAUAUUCAAAGUGACAUUUAUUUUGAGACAAUCUUGAUGAAAAGGAGAUAGCUCUGAGGUGUACGUGUUUUUUUUUUUUAAUUUACUGAUGAUGAACAGUUUCAGAAAACUUUAGUGAGAGUCUCUUCUUUUUAUUGUUUUUACAAUUUCUAUUUCUUUUUUCUAGGAGCUAAACAUUUACCAUUUAGUGCUUUCUGAAUAUAUAGAAAUAAAAACAAAUGUGAAAUAUUUUUGAACUUAUAUCCAAAGAAGAUUAAAUUUAACAUGUUACUUGAGGCGCAUGGAUGAAAAUAUAUCGUGUUCAGGAGCGUUCUCUGACCUUAUUUGUUUGUUACUCCUGAAAAAAAGAACAAAAAAAAAAAAACAAAACAACAAAAAAAUGAAAUAUUUACAGUGUUUCCUUUACUGCUCCAGCUCGCUGACUCUUUCUGUGCAGACAUUAGCCUCUGGUCCUAUUGUUAUGAAAAGUUUACAUUAUAAAGUUUUUCCUCUUGAUUGUAAAAUGCCACGGGGGCUUCAACUUUUACUGAUGGUUACACUACCAUUUGAGAUUCGUGAAGAAAACGUAAAUAAAAAUCCUAUUAUAAAGUG